AUGACUCUCUGGGGUCAAGACACCGUCAAGGAUGUCGCCGAAUCCGUCGGGAUCGUCCACCUCAACAAGGAAGUCAGCCAGGCUCUGUCUCGAGACAUCGAGUACCGCAUAUCCCAGGUCCUGCAGGAAGCGCUGAAGUUCAUGAAACAUGCGAAAAGGACGAUCUUGUGGACGCAGGAUAUCUCGCAGGCGCUCCGGGUGCUGGACGUUGAACCCUUGUACGGUUACGAGACGACACGCCCAUUGAAAUAUGGAGAAGCCUCGCUGGGGCCAGGGCAACCGUUGUUCUAUGUCGAGGAUGAAGAGAUGGAUUUUGAGAAGCUGAUAAAUGCGCCGCUGCCAAAGGUGCCCCGGGAGGUCUCGUUCACUGCGCACUGGCUGGCGGUGGAAGGUGUGCAGCCGUCAAUACCUCAAAAUCCCACAAGCAAUGAAUCGAGAAACCUGGAACUCCUCCCCAAAGGACCGAACGCGAAUCCUGCCCUGGCAGCCAUGACUGGCGCUGACACCACAACCACCAAGCCCCAGGUCAAGCAUAUUCUGUCUAAAGAGCUGCAACUAUACUUUGAAAAGGUGUGCGCGUCGGUACUGGACGAGACCCAACCGGAAUAUCGCACUGCGGGGCUGGCCAGUCUGAAGGAUGACCCUGGACUGCAUCAGCUGCUGCCUUACUUCGUGCAAUUUGUGGCGGAGAAGGUGACGCACAAUCUCAAAGAUCUGUUCGUUCUUACACAGAUGAUGUUGGUGAUUGAUGCGUUGACGAGGAACAGCACACUCAAUCUAACUCCAUAUGUAGCCUCACUCGUGCCUCCGGUGUUGACGUGCCUGAUUGGCCGAACGUUGGGUUCAGGCAUUGGUUCUCUCGACCACUACGAGCUUCGCGAUCUGGCGGCGUCGUUAUUAGGGCACCUCUGCCAUAAGUAUUCCAAGUACUCGCAUAACCUCAAGCCGCGACUGGCGCGGUCAUUAUUGAAGACUUUUCUUGAUCCGACGAAGCCACUUGGAAGCCAUUAUGGCGCCAUCCUCGGAUUGAAAGCGAUCGGAGGAGCCGAGGUGGUGAGACAGCUGAUCAUCCCCAAUCUCAAGGCGUUUGGAGAACUGUUGGACGACGAUCUUCAAGAUUCCAGUGUGAAAAAAGCCGAGGCAGAGAAGGUGGUCAGCGCGAUCCUCAAUGCCCUGGGCACAUUGGUAGACGACGAGAUUCCGAUGAUGAAUGGACAUUCGGAAGAAUCUGCGAAUGAGCUGCGAACCAAGUUGGUCGAUACGAUUGGACCGGUCAUAGGAAGUCGUAUUGCUGAUGCUAGCCAUACAACUCUGGCAAAGGCCAUCCUGGAAGGGGGUCUACUUGGGCUUCAAUGA